AUAAUGUAGUUGAGCAAUCGAAUUAAGUAAAUCAUGUUGGCCAAGUUCAUUUUAUUAACUUUCCUCGCUAAUUUCCACCUCGAUGAAGCUUGUUUCAUCACUAAUUGUCCACCCGGAGGGAAAAGAUCUCAUGGUGACAUUGACCAUAUGAGAGAAUGUCUUCGUUGUGGUCCAGGUAACAAAGGUCAUUGUGUCAAUUCAAAUGUUUGUUGUGGUUCAGACUUCGGGUGUUUAAUCAACAAUCACUAUUCGGCUCCAUGUAGAGCUGAAAAUUUCAUCCCGAUCCCAUGUAAAGUCCCUGGUAAACUCUGUUCAUCAGGUCAAGGAGUUUGUGUUUCCAAUGGGAUCUGUUGUAGUUCAGGCAAAUGUUUCAAUGAUUUAACCUGUGAAAGUGAUACACCAACUAACGAUGAAUCAAUAAAACGUAUCUUUGAUGCACAAUCUUCACAUACAAGUCAAAUUUAAUUGUUUAAUUUUCAUGACUCUGACAUCAAUC